CCAGGUGACGCGCGGUGCGGCGGGGAAGAAGCUGCUGCAGCUGUGUGUACAGCAGCAUCCAGUGCGCCCGGGGAGACCGGACCGGAGACACCGAGCACUGCCGCAGCAUGGCUGACCCCGCCGCAGUGUGCGAGGUGGAGGACAACGCCAGCCCCUUCGCCAGGAAGGGGGCCCUCAGGCAGAAGAACGUGCACGAGGUGAAGGACCACAAGUUCACCGCGCGCUUCUUCAAGCAGCCCACCUUCUGCAGCCACUGCACCGACUUCAUCUGGGGUUUUGGCAAGCAGGGCUUCCAGUGUCAAGUUUGCUGUUUUGUCGUACACAAGCGCUGUCAUGAGUUUGUCACGUUCUCUUGCCCUGGUGCUGACAAGGGUCCUGCAUCUGAUGAUCCCAGAAGUAAACACAAGUUUAAAAUACACACGUAUUCCAGUCCGACAUUCUGUGACCACUGUGGCUCCCUGUUAUACGGCCUCAUUCACCAAGGGAUGAAAUGUGAAACAUGCAUGAUGAAUGUCCACAAACGCUGUGUAAUGAACGUGCCAAGCCUGUGCGGUACGGACCACACCGAGCGCAGGGGGAGGUUACACAUCAAGGCUGACAUCAGCCAGGAGGUCCUAACGGUUGUGGUGGGCGAAGGCAAGAACUUGGUUCCCAUGGAUCCCAAUGGACUGUCUGACCCAUAUGUGAAAUUGAAACUCAUCCCGGACCCCAAGAGUGAGAGCAAACAGAAGACCAAAACCAUCAAAUGUUCCCUCAACCCAACCUAUAAUGAGACCUUUAAAUUCAACCUGAAGGAGUCUGACAAAGAUCGCAGGCUGUCGGUGGAGAUUUGGGACUGGGACCUGACCAGUAGAAAUGACUUCAUGGGGUCACUGUCGUUUGGCAUUUCAGAGCUUCUGAAGGCUAGUGUGGAUGGAUGGUUUAAGUUGCUGAGCCAAGAAGAGGGUGAAUAUUUCAAUGUGCCUGUGCCACCGGAGGGAGAGGAAGGGAACGAGGAGCUGCGGCAGAAGUUUGAGAGAGCCAGAAUUGGGCCUGGGGCCAAAGCUGCAGAGGAGAAGGUGGGAAAUCCAGUAGCCAAAAUUGACAGCAACGGAAAUCGAGACCGCGUCAAAGUGUCCGAUUUCAACUUCCUGAAGGUGCUGGGCAAAGGAAGCUUUGGAAAGGUGAUCCUUGCAGAAAGAAAGGGUGCAGCGGAUGAGCUGUAUGCAAUAAAAAUCCUAAAGAAGGAUGUCGUUAUUCAGGAUGACGAUGUAGAAUGCACAAUGGUUGAGAAGAGGGUGCUGGCACUGGCUGGGAAACCACCCUUCCUCACGCAGCUACACUCCUGCUUCCAGACCAUGGACCGUCUCUACUUUGUGAUGGAGUAUGUAAACGGAGGGGACCUUAUGUACCAAAUUCAGCAAGUUGGUAGAUUUAAGGAACCUCACGCAGUAUUCUAUGCAGCAGAGAUAGCGAUCGGGCUGCUGUUCCUGCACACUAAGGGCAUUGUCUACCGGGACCUGAAGCUGGACAAUGUCAUGCUGGACUCAGAAGGCCACAUCAAGAUUGCAGACUUUGGAAUGUGUAAAGAAAAUAUUUGGGAUGGAGUAACAACAAAAACGUUUUGUGGCACUCCGGACUACAUCGCUCCAGAGAUCAUUGCUUACCAGCCAUACGGCAAGUCUGUGGAUUGGUGGGCCUUCGGCAUCCUGCUUUACGAGAUGUUAGCUGGGCAGGCUCCAUUUGAAGGUGAGGAUGAGGAUGAACUAUUCCAGUCCAUUAUGGAGCACAAUGUAGCUUAUCCCAAGUCUAUGUCCAAGGAAGCAGUAGCUAUAUGCAAAGGACUGAUGACAAAACACCCAGGAAAGCGGCUGGGCUGCGGACCAGAGGGGGAGCGAGACAUUAAGGACCAUGCCUUCUUCCGAUACAUAGACUGGGAAAAGCUGGAGAGGAAAGAAGUGCAACCUCCAUAUAAGCCUAAGGCGUGCGGCCGAAAUGCUGAGAACUUUGACCGAUUUUUCACCCGCCAUCCACCAGUGCUAACACCACCCGACCAGGAGGUCAUCCGGAACCUCGACCAGUCAGAAUUUGAAGGAUUUUCCUUUGUUAACUCUGAGUUUGUAAACGUGGAGUUUAAAGACUAAGUGACUGAGUGGCCCCCAGAUCCAAUGCCGCUCGUCCCAGCCGUACGUGUGUAACCUGUCCCGGGGGUGGCACACCUACAUCGCUCUGAGUAUUCAUAACCACCAUCCUGCCAAGUAUGUGUGGCCCAGCCUGGCUGUGUGUAUGGAGCCCUGUUUGAAGUCCUUGUGUACACAUUAGCAAAGUGAAGAAAGGGAGCAUGUAUUAAAUCUGUCAAAUGAACAAGUAGAGACCUUUCCCUACAGUAGGUAGAGCAUCAAGACCUGCUGUUAGUCCAUGCAGAGCUCCCCCUGGGACAAGAGGACUGUGUGUAUUCUCUAUUAAUGGAUAAACAAAUCACUUACCACUUCUGUAACCCUGAUGUAGCUUUUUAUUCCCUGUCAUGUCCAAACUAUAGGAAGCUUUAUGGGUUUUGCUUUUACGCCGCCUCCUAUGUGGGUCAAGCACAAUAAAUAGGCUUAGAAGAAGACAUAGGCAUGAAGCCCCUACCUCAGAAUUAUUAUUAAGCGCAAUUUCCUAGAUGUUAUCUAUGUCUCUGCUGGUGAGGUUGAGCAGUUGGUUGGGGUGCCUGCCGAGUCUCUUGUGAUAUCAGAAGCCCGGCUCCUUUAUAUUUUUCAUAUAUAUAAUUUUUCCUGCUGCCCAUGUUACAUUUUCAAAAGGGCCAAAACAUAUCGAUGACCAAAUAUUCAGCAGAUGUUCCUGUGUACGAGACCCCCAUCAUCAUCAUUAUUGCCGCUUGAGUGCAAGAGAUAAUGCACUAGCACAGCGAAUGCCCCAGGCUCCUCUAUAAAUUGGCCAUUCGGCAUUGCAGUCUUGGCCAAGCAUUAACCCGUUACCCUCUUCACAUUCCCCUCAUAGAGCAGGUUGGCCGUUCACAGGCUUCCUGCCUGUGUGUAUUUCAGUAUCUCCCUAUUUUGCAGAAAUGCUAGACUCCAUAAUGUAUUUUGAGCGAGCCUUUCCAGUGGGUGAUAUACAGCUGAAGGCCUGCCGACGCAAUAAUGUCUGCCGACACCUUUUUUUGAUGCAGUGGCAGGUGUCACAGCUCUCCAGAGUGAUGUAUGUGCUCAAGAUCAGUAGGCUUGGUUUAUGCUUUAUAUAUUCAUUUUCUGCACCUGAAGCUGCCAGUGCAGGCAUAACGUUUACUGCUACAACCCCCCUUAAGGCCCUUCAGAAGAGCGCGGCUAUUAGUUGUAGAUUGAGUGUUUGCUGGAGCACAUCUCAGCAGACGUGCAACCUGCAUUCUUCAGGGGAUUUUUGUUUUGGGAAAUCUGUUACGCUCUUUGCAAUCUAACAAGCUAAAGUGGCCUUUUUGUGCCUCUUACUGAAGAGCUGAUGAAUCCUUGAAUAUAAGAGAGCCCUCUGUAGCUAUAUUCUAGAAUUAGUUAUCACUCUUAGCAAGGUGUUACCGCCAGCAUGACCUGACUGUUUGGUACGCUGCUCUUCCCCCCCCCCCCCCCCCUUCCUUAUGCUUCCGGGAGGUCUUUCAGGUCACCGUAACAAUAAGCAGUGGGGACUGCAUCAUUGCAAACCCUACAGUCUUUACAAAAACAGAGCCCAUCAGAAUUUCUGUUCUUUUUGGUAUUUGCUAGGCAGCUUGAAAACAAUGGUACUUUUUUAUGUAAGAUAAUUACCCAUGGCAAUAAUUAUUGUUAAAACACAGAGGCAUUUGCCGUCAUUCCUGAAGUACUAACACAUUUGCUUAAUUAAAAGGUGGAACUCGUUUUUCUAAGUAUAUGUUGCACACUUAGAUUGUUUUUUUUAACAUCUUUUGCAAAUUCUGUAAAAUCCCAAAAGUUUGUGAUCAAUGCAUAUUGCACCCUCUGGAACAUCCAGUGUUAAAGGGUAUUGUCACCACCUAAUGCCCUUUUCUGAUUGUUACUUUUUUGUAAUUACUGCUCACUUGUACAUGAUCUUCAGUAGCUUUUACCAAAUACAUUGCGUUAACGAUCUAGUUCGGUCGGUGUUUUUCAGCCAUGUAUUUAUAGCAUCUGGCUGAGUGGCGUUGCCCUGGAAUAUGACAAAGCUCGACAGUACUUUCUGAAUUGUAUCAAAUUUUAGCUUGAGAGCUGUGUCGUCUCCCACGGCAAAGGAAAUAAACACCUCUCCCUGGUGAUACAGAUCUUUCUAACUUCCUUUUUUGCUCUUUAGUCAUGUAUUUAAUGAAUAUAAAAAGGGACAGUAGGGCCUGUAAAAGACCAUAAUUUAGUAAUUCCAAGGUGGAAUAUUGCUUUAAGUAGAUUUGCACACAAUUGUCCUCUUGCCAUGUCCAUGAGUUCCAGACAAGUUUGAGUGAAUAGAGUACAAUUACGGAUUAACAGGGAAUUGCUGAUCAGCUGGACAGGACCUCGCAAUAUAAGGGACACAUACGACUUCACAGGAUCAAUCCUCUUAUUUUAUUAUUUUUAUUUUUUUACUUUAGUUCCUAUCCUUUGCAUCUCACCAUGUUCAGUCAAUUUGUAUUCAUCAGAUGUGUAAAUGUAAUGUGCCAAUUUAACUUUCCAUAUCAAUAAAAUGGAAUAUAUUCUGACCCUAA